GUCCCUCGCGCCUACAGUGGAGGAAUCGAACGUCCCCAAGCGAACGAGCGCACGCACGCAGUCUCCACGAGCGAAAGGAAAUAACGCUUUGGGGGGGGUUUUUUGUCGUCUCCUCCGCCGCUCAAACGAGACGAAAACACCGAAGCUUCAAAAUUCGGGAACCGGGGGGGGCUAUUCCAGAGUAUUGUUCUCCCGAGGAGAGGAGGGAAGCGAGGGCUUUGGGAGCCGCAAGUUUUAUCCCCCCCCCUUUUUUUCUCUCUCUUCUUCGUUUCACCCCCUUUCCCCAACCCCCGAAAAGAAGGAUUCUGUGUUCGGCGGUGCUUCGCGUUCCGCUCUCCCCGCCGCAAAGAUGAUGGUCGGAGAGGUCGAAGUGAAGGAGCGACCGAGGCCGAGUCCCGACUAUUUGAUGCAAUUGUUGAACGAGAAGAAGCUCAUGACCAGCUUGCCCAAUCUCUGCGGCAUCUUCACGCACCUCGAGCGUCUCCUCGACGAAGAGAUCAACAGAGUACGCAAACACAUGUACAGCGACACAGUCAAUGGCCUUGUGGACAGACACCCCUUGGAGCUGCCCGAGCCUAUGGGGCCCAUGGUCUACCUGCAGGAAAAACUGUUUGUGCCUGUCAAAGAAUACCCAGAUUAUAACUUUGUGGGUAGAAUCCUCGGUCCGCGGGGACUCACAGCCAAACAGUUGGAAGCAGAGACGGGAUGUAAAAUCAUGGUGCGAGGCAAGAGCUCCAUGAGAGACAAAAAGAAGGAGGAGCAGAACAGAGGAAAGCCAAACUGGGAGCACCUCAACGAAGACCUUCAUGUCCUGAUCACAGUGGAAGACACGCAGACCAGAGCCGAGAUCAAGAUGAGGAGAGCCGUGGAGGAGGUGAAGAAGCUCCUCGUACCAGCUGCGGAGGGUGAAGACAAUUUGAAGAAGAUCCAGCUGAUGGAGUUGGCCAUUCUCAACGGGACAUACCGAGACAACAACAUCAAAGCGCCCACCCUUGCGUUCUCUCUUGCAGCGGCGGCAGCGGCCGCUCAGGGACCCCGCCUCAUAGCGGCACCCGCGGGUCAGGUGUUGCCGCCUCAGGCGCUCCGGCCCCCGACUCCCGCCGGGGCCCCCAUCAUGAACCUCAUCCGGCCCACUCAGAUGGCCGCCAUGCUGCCCAACGGCACCCCCACUCUGGUGCCCCCCACACCGGACGCCGGGCUCAUCUACACCACCCCUUAUGAUUAUCCCUACGCCCUGGCACCCACCUCCCUGCUGGAGUACCCCAUCGAGCACAGUGGGGUUCUAGGUAAGCGAGCCUGGGGGAGCGUGAGUGCGGCGGGUACGACGGCCCACUUUAGCCAGCCUGGACAGGAUGGCGGCUUGUUUUACCCCGGUCUCGGGGUGCUGGACAUGGCUUCCAUGAGCCACAGUCAGGACUUUUUGAAAGGUGCAAUGGCUACUAAAGUGAGACGGCAUGACACGCGGGUCCAUCCUUACCAAAGGAUUGUGACCGCUGACAGAGGUCAGUUUAGUCUCUUAGCAACACUCUGCUAUCAAUUGAUGCAUUUCAAUGAUGAUGAUGAUGAUGAUGAUGCCUUUGUUGGGAAUCUCUAUUGUAUUGUCUGUAUUAUUGUAUGUUUGUUUACCCCCCUCCCCAGCCCCCCCCCCCGACCUGCUCCGCACCCAUAUAUGUCCACACACCAGCCAAAUGGUGCGUUGUGGCGUGCACGUUUUGUUUACAUUCAGUCCGUACCUUACAAAGAGCUCAUGUGCAAAAAAACCGAGACAUUUUUAAGAUGGCUGAAUCAGACAUUUCCUCAACCGGUGGCACCCCGACUCAAAAAUAUUUUCUUCACGCCUCCUCCUAUAAUUGCCUCCGCGGCCUCGCUUUACGGUGACGUUUUCAAUCUGCAAUCACUGCUCGAGUUCAUUGACUGACUGUUGUUUACACACGGACAAUAAAUAGCCGAUCUUGUACCCCGUUGCGUAUCCAACUGGGAGCACCUAACGAGGUUUACGUCUUAACUCUUCGAUAAUUAGCGUUGCAGUCGACUGACGUGUGGACGCUCCACAGUGUUGUGCGCAGGCGGCCAUUGUAUGGUGUUAGUUCCGCCCACCUUGCCUUUUCCCCGCCUUAAUAGUCCUUUAAUCUUAUUUUAAAUUUAAUGUGUAUAUAUAUCAGCUGGUAAAGCGUUGGCCUCACAGUUCUGAGGUCCCGGGUUCGAUCACGGCCCCGCCUGUGUGGAGUUUGCGUUUUCUCCGGGCACUCCAGUUUCGUCCCACAUCCCAAAAAACGUGCGACAUUAAUUGGAGACUCUAAAUUGCCCUUAGGUGUGAUUGUGAGUGCGGCUGUUGGUCUACAUGUGCCCUGCGAUUGGCUGGCAACCAGUUCAGGGCAUACCCUACCUCCUGCCCGUUGACAGCUGGGAUAGGCUCCAGCACUCCCUGCUACCCUCGUGAGGAUAAGCGGCAAAAGAAGAAAAAAAUCUCUCUCUCUCUCUCUAUAUAUAUAUAUAUAUAUAUAUAUAUAUAUAUAUAUAUAUACAUACACACGUGCGUGUAUAUACUUUUUAGUUAUUUUACUGUAUAUUUUAAUUUCGGUAUAUAUCACUACAUGUAGAAAAGUUUUGUCAUAGAAAGUGUUAUGAGAAUACUGCAUCUAUUCUUGUAAAAAUGUAUUUGUACACACAAAGGCCCCUCACCUCCUGAGCACCCCCCCCUUCCCAGGAUGUCCCUUGCCUACGUAGAACACCGCAUAAUAGUUAGCGUAAUUCCCGGCCUACAGACCGCACCUGGUUAUAAGCCUCUAGCGGGUUAACCUCUUUCUGUGUGCUAAGGCUUAUAAACAGGUGCGCCGACGCUAGCGACACGCUAGUGCCGCAUAAAAGCGUGUGGGGAAAAAAAGUCACGUCUCGUAGGCUGGAAAUUACGGUACUAGGUCAAUUCACUCAAAGAAUGUUUCCAGGCUCGGUUGUUCACCAAAACAUCCGCACAUAGUGAAGCGCGUCGACAACGACUCGUACGAGGAAACGUGACUGACUGACCGACCGACCGACCGUUCAGCCCUGUUAAAAACGCCCAGGUUAUUGCAAAUGAGCCCUUGACUAAAGUAUAUGUACACUGUGUAUAUUUCAAAGCUCAGGCAAAAAGUGUUCGUAGCAGCUUUUGGUUGACGCAGCCAGUGCAGGUCGUACUUUUGCAAGCAACGAUUUGAGACAUUCCUCCGGGCGCCUAAAAUGCACCCGCGGGCGUCUUCCCGCGUCCCAGAGAGCGACGUAGCCACGCUCCUCUGAACUAUAUGACCUUUUUAUUUUCGGGGGAGGAAUUUAUUUUUCUACAGAAGUACAAGUCACACAGACAACCGUAUAUAGCUUUAGGUCGCUUGCAUUCCCUCCGGCGUACCGUGAGAUAUCAUGUUAAUAUUUCACCUGUACACGAGGUACUGUCAUUUUAUAUUGGAACGUUUUUUUGAUAUCAAAAUGUAUUUAUGUUUCUUGUAUAUAUUUAUAUUAUAUAAAAGUAUACUGCGAAAUAAAGAGGAAAAGAACAAAUGGGAAAAAGGUCGAUUGGCUUUUAUUGCACUUUUAACACCAGUCCCCGUAACCUUAGUUAGGACUCCACUAAUCGCAGCAAAAAAAAAAAAAAA